AAACUCACGCCUCACGGGUGCUCUGCGGGAUUCAUUUCACAACCACUUGUUGCCUUCCGCUAAUAGUUGCUAGGUUAAAUAAACUUUUCUCCCUUACUUUGUAUCGGGAAAGUUUUUUACAUUUUGUCUGUUCCAAUUUCUUGUCGUAAACUCAGUUUGCCUUCCGUUUAGAAACCAGGAAAGUGUUGUCGUAUUGUCGUAGUCCAGGCAGUGUUGUGAAGACUGUCGGUUCAGUCUGAUAAAACCUUUCCGGACGAUAAAGUCAUACGCAUUCUUAGUUCUUGAUGGUGUCCGUCGAAGGCGCAUCAGCGGUGGAGCCCGCCAAGAUCCACAACAUUCCAAACCUGAACAAUUUUUCUGGGACUGCUGACGAUGAAGAAAAAUUAACAGCAGCUGAUCCUUUAAUUGCUCGACCAAUAGUUAUUGUUGCUCCAAAGCAGUAUCUUUCCCCAGAAAGUGUUUGUCAGACUGCUGGGUUCAUCAACAGUCAGAAUCAACAGGUGGUGAAGUUUCCCAGCAAUGUUCGCUUUGUUGUUCAUCCAGUAGCAGAGGACGAAAUCAGAAAAGCAGAUGUGGAACCCCAUGGGGAAAGUAGAAGCUGCCACCUUUCGGCACAGUCUUUUACAUUUUCAGGUGGCCAUUCAUCUGCAGAUGACAUAAAUGGACACUACAGUUUUUGGGGCUCUGAUCCCCAAGCUCAGUUGACAGUCCGAUCGAUGGCUUCCAUCGGCCUAGGCUCUUCAAAUGGUAGGAAAAUCCAUUUGCGUAGAGUGCACACAACAGGGCACGAUCUAGUUUCUCCUCUUUUGCUGUCUCCAAACGGCGAAGCCAUCCAGCCUCCAUGGGCAUUUUCUACCACAACGAAGAACGUGAGUGGGAUGCUGGAUGGGCCGGUGGACGACGGCUCCAGCAGCGACGAAUCUUAUUCUGACACUAGAAAAAACAGGCACAAACAAAGGAGCAGACAUCGCCAUAGUGCCCGGACAGAUCGACACACUGGCCAGACAUGGGGCUCAAAGGUAGAAUUUCUGCUGGCCUGCGUUGGCUUUGCGGCGGGACUUAGCAAUAUCUGGCGAUUCCCUUACACGGCGUUCAAAAGCGGAGGAGGGGCUUUUCUCGUUCCUUACUGCAUUAUGGUCUUCCUGUGCGGCAUUCCAAUGCAGAUAUUAGAGUUGGCAGUCGGCCAAUACACACGUGAAGGUCCUGUGGAAGCGAUGAGAAACAUUUGCCCACUUUUCUCAGGUGUCGGCGUUGGGAUGGUACUCUUUAGCAUGAUGCUCAGCUGCUACUAUAGCGUGGUAAUGUCAUGGGCUAUGCUUUACCUGGGAUCCUCUUUCAGUUCCCAGCUACCUUGGACUCAUUGCAAUAACACCUGGAACACGGAAUUCUGCCACCAAGGUUCGCUACCUUUUCCCUCACGUCCGGAUGACAACGUCGUCGGGGUCCAACGGCUUGUGGCGGUUGAAGUUGUCAACAUUUCGUCACUCAACCGGACAACCCCUGGGCAAGAAUUUUUCGAUCGACGAAUUUUGCAGAUGACUAAUGGAGUGACCGAUAUGGGUGAUAUCCAUUGGGAAUUGACAGUCUGCUUGCUUAUCGCCUGGGUGUUGCUUUACGCCACCAUUCGUAAAAGCGUCCGUUGGUCAGGGAAAAUGGUCUACGUGACAGCUACUCUUCCGUACUUUUUGUUAUUGGCUCUGACCGGCCGAGCGCUAACGCUGGAAGGAGCCGACGAUGGAUUGCGCUACUUCUUCCACCCGGAUUGGUCAAUCUUGCUCAGUUCUGAGGUUUGGGUGAAUGCUCUGGCCCAGGCGUUCAUGUCCAUGGGAAUCGCUUACGGAUGUCUGAUGGCGUUUGCCAGUUAUAAUCGUUUUCACAACCCAUUGAUUCGUGACGCACUCUGCUUGAGCAUGCUCAAUUCUUUGACGUCAUUGAUAGCUGGUAUCAUCGUCUUUGCUGCCCUUGGUCACACGGCCUAUGUUCAGAGCCUACCAAUCGAUCAGGCCGCCACUGACGGUUUGAGCUUAUCGCUGGUGAUGUACUCGACGGUGGUUUCACAGAUGCCCUUCCCACAAUUCUGGAGCGUUUUCCUUUUUGUCAUGCUCAUUUUCAUUGGUCUGGAUACCCAGUUCGCCACAGUGGAAGUGGUCCAGCUGACGUUGCACCGUUUCUUCAAGCAAUUUUGCAACAAGAAAAGCGGUUUGAUGCCUGACCUCGUUGUCAUUGGCAUGUGUAUGGUGUGCUUUGUCGGAGCCCUUCCUUACAUCACACAGGGGGGCAUUUAUUUGAUGCAUCUAACAGAUUAUUACAUCGCCACUGUAGCCGUCACUUUACUAGCUCUGAUUGUUGCAUUUUCGACCGGAGUCCUCUACGGAGCCGGACGGCUGGCUCGUAACAUUCGAGAAAUGACAGCUCACAGUCCAUCUCCCAUCCUCAUCAUUUGCUGGGCGGCACUGACGCCUCUAAUUAUCUUGGGCGUGUGCGUUUUCCAUCUCUGUGACCUUAAAGGCCUCGACUACAAUCACGGCACGUACGUCUUUCCCGAAUGGACAGUGGCGCUCGGUUGGUCCGUCGUGGCCUUUAUUCUCGUACCUGUUCCGCUGUUUGGUAUUGUUGCCAUUUCUCAAGCCAGUGGAAAAUCCAUCAUCCAGAAAAUCGGAAACUCGCUGAAGUCGCAGAUUGCCGAAUGUCCUUGUUGUCGUCGAGGCGUCCACGGGCUCAAGGAUACCCAUUCCAUGGUCCACUUGGACGAAGAUGCCCUGGGCAGCCCUCAAACUGCUUAUACGUUCGCCGAGUUCGCCGCAGUUGCCUAUCCGGAUGAUGGAUUGCAUACCGUCACUUCAGUGUCCUCGCUACCUUUUACGCCUUCCACUCUUAACUCGCCUCUCACACCUACCGUUGCCGUCCAUUACCCAUCAGAUGAAGAUUUGCAUAGGCUAAGCAAUUCAGUUGAAAGUAGGCAGCAUCCUCCAACGGAUUAGUAAAUAACUAUAGCGUCAUUUAGGUCGAAACUAUUUCGGAACUCUUUCGUUCAUUUGAUUUUUCUCCCUCUUAUCAAAUUUCCCCAUUAUGAAAGCAAAUUUAUUUUCUUGGUUCCGGAUGAUGAGCGUUUCAUCGGGAACCGGUCGCUAUCACAAAAUCGUUUGGCCCUUGUCUGAAACCGAAUACUCUCUAUCUCAUUUGAGGUUUCAACUGGAACGAGUAGGUUGCUAUUUAAAAAAAAGGUAAAACAUUCCUUUCUUUUUCGCCGAGCUUCUAGUUGAAAAUCUUUUCCUUCACACAGUCUAGAUUUGGUUUUUCCUUCUUUCUAAAGGGAGAGGAAGCGUGAGGAGGCGAGUAGACUUACGGAGUGGAAAUACCCAGUGAAAACCCCUCGAUAAUAAUUAAAGAAACUAGUGAUUCGCAUAAUUUCAAUUUAUAUUUUAGACAUGGCGAUGGCUUGGGCCGCAGUCGAUCAAUAACGUUCACAAACUGACCUUUCGCAGAUAUAUUGCCUGUAUUGCGGUAAUAUCAUAAAGACUUGUAUAUGUAUUAUUCUUUUCUUUUUUUUUAAAUUUUGGUUUGACAGUUUGAUUAAGGAACAAUAAUACAAAUACCAUCACUCUUGAA